CAACUUGUUGCGCCGGUUUGCGCUUCUCAGUCUUCAUUCCAUUCUCGAAUCCCCCGGACGUCGACCUCCGAUCCGAUCUUCUACUUGCUGAAAUCGCUCUGAACAAACAACACCACUCAUCACGAUGCCCAAUCCUCUGUGGUUCGUCUUCUGGCUGCUGGUCUUCUGGUUCGUCUCCUUCUUCGUGGCAUUCUUCUGCGCCUUCUUCUACAUCUGGGUUUACGCAUUUGCCUCCUGCAUUCCCGCCCUGACGGGCAUAUCGGACAUUCUGCUCCAGGGAGUCCAGUUCCCGUUCUACUGCGGGAAAGCCAUGUUGGAGGGCAAGCAAGCCUUUUAAGGGGAUAUUUCCCCAAUAUCAAUUAACUAAGUGCCUUACUGAUAACUCUUGUUUUCAAUCAUUUUUUACAAUUUUACAAAUAAAGAUUUAUUAACUUAUAUUUAUAA